UUUUUCUUCCCUCCUUCUUCUCUCUGGGCAGGGGAGGAGGGGGCAUGUAAGGGAACCGGGACCAGCCAGGGGACGGAGGGGGCCAACAUGAGCCAGAGGGAGGGAAACAAGGUGGACUUACAGUCCCAUUCCUCGGCCUCAUCUUUCCCCCACCUUGAGGCCAAGAUACGUCAGACCCACAGCCUUGCAAGGCUCCUCACUAGCUAUGCUGAACAACUGCUUCAAGAAUAUGUCCAGCACCAGGGGGACCCAUUCGGGCUGCCCAGCUUCUCUCCCCCAGGGUUACCAGUGCCUGGGCUGAACUCCCCGGCCCCAACUCGUUCAGGGCUCCCUACCCUUGAGCGGCUGCAGCUUGAUGCAGCUGCCCUGAACUCACUGUCCCCACUUCUGGAUACCAUCUGCCACCUCCAGGCUGACCUCAAUCCUUUUGCCUGUAGGCUCCUCCGACGGCUAGAAGAUGCCUCUCACCAGUCAAGGGCACUGGGGAGUGCUGUAGAGGUUGUUCUGGGGGUACUAGGUGCAGCCCCAGGGCCCCCAGGGCCCCACCCCAUUCUUCCUGAAUCUCCUGGGGUCUUCCUGGUUAAGUUGUUGGGCUACCGGGUGUGUGGUUUAUACCAUGAGUGGGUAUGCUGCACAGAAGGUGACCUAGACCAGUUGAUGCAGGAAGGGCUAGGUUGAGAGAGGGGCCCACCUUAUCCCACAUAGUCCCCCUUGGAAGGGCCACCAACUAGCUUUCUUCCCACCCAUCUUCAUUUUCUGUCACCAUCCCUUCACUAGCAUACCCCUCCUUUUAUCUCCAUCUCUGAGAUUCUCUGUUUACUUCAUUUUCUAACUGUGCUUCUCUGUUUUGGAUUAGGCCCUAUGGUCAGUCACUAUCUGCUUAAGAUAUCACUAUAGAAGAAAGUUCCAAGACAUUUCCCCAGAGGAGCCUUCAGCCUAAUUACCUCUGAAGCCCACAUUGUCUUACCCCUAAAUCCUACCCUAUCCCCUCAAGGAUCUCUAUUGUUCCCCAAAGCCCUAAUCUGCCUUAUUACCCCCUCUAUUUUUCCUUUCUCAUUCCUCUAAUUCCCUAAUUCUAGAAAACAGGCUAUGACAUCAGUGAAAAAGAUCCCCCUGAAAAGGAGAUUUUUAUUUCUGAAAAUAAAUUAAUUUUUUUGUAAAUUAAAAAAAUAA